AUGACCUCAGCCGGCUCCCGCUUCUUUGACAUUCCAGAACUGACCCAUAUAGUCGUGGCAUACCUCGACAAAAACGACAUCUCAACACUUGUACAGACCAGCCGUCAGCUCUGUCGACUCUGCGAGCCAUUACUUUACGCCGACCUGUGCCUCGACUAUGACUCCCGAGAAGCCAAUCUUUUCGAUUCUUAUGAUGCCAUUAUCGCCCUCUCAAGGAACGUCCAGCAUAUCAGGAGGCUAACGAUCUCAGUCAUUGAUAUCGCCAUGCUUUUCAAUUGCAUGCUCGCUUUUCUGGAGGCCACCAAGGAUCCCACUGUCGACAACACUCAGGAGGACCGACCCGAUUGGCUCCCAACUCCAGACCCCAGCUCACCGUGGAUUAUACCCAUACCGCUGAUAACGAAUUUGGAACGACUUGACGCCAAUCUCUUCAAAAAACCGCAAUAUAUCGGUUCAUGUCCGUACUAUCUCCACAGCUGCGAAGAUCCUCAGACCACCCUACUUCAAAUUUCCUGGAUCGUCAGUCUCAACCCACGUCUGAUGGGCCUGAAAAUAGUGCGACCUUUCAUUUCUAACGCAAAUGACUUGAACGCCUUGUCCAACUCGCUCUCUGGAUUGGCGCGGUUAGAGACUUUGGACUUGGAUGGGAUCGUUGCUCGCGAGGAGGCUUGGGAGCUGAUUGGGCGGACGAUUUUCGACAGGUGCAGUUCGAGCGUGCAAGCUAUAUCAGUCAACAUGGACCAAUAUUCUUAUACCGCUGGGUUAGUCAAGGGCCACAACUGGAGCGAUGCAGAGCAACAACAGGAACAUGACGAUUUACAGCCGGCGACACCGAUACCAGCUGCGCGAAAAGCAUUGCGGGAUCUCACCAUGUGGUUUCUCGGCGAAGUCGCUUCCGGGCAAGCCCUCGUCGCCAUACUCCAGCGCUGUCCCGACCUCCAACGACUAUCUUUACCAGGGAUUCAAGGUCAAGUCAGCGGCAGUGCAAUUGGUCGCGCCCUAGGCGCUCACUGUCCCAAGCUACGCAGCCUAUCAUUCUCAAAUUUCAACUUUUACGGAAACAUGACAAUCCCGGUCAAGAUUAUGCUGGCGGUGCCAAAGCAACAGAUCGAGGAGUUCCAAUGGUUCAACUCAUUUGAGCGUCUGGGCGGCGACAGGGCUGACUGGAUGUGGCGUCGACACUCGGACGUUCUUAGGAAAGUGGUCUUUGAGAGUUGCUUUCAUGUGGCGAGCGAUGCUAUACGAACAAUACUCACGGUCUGUCCAGCGCUCGAGCACUUUCAGAUGCAGAUUAAUUCGUUUGAUCAUGUCCAUGGUGGGUUCAUCGAGUUGUCGGAUGCUGUUGAGAGUCCCUGGGUCUGCACCAAACUGAAGAUCCUGGAUCUUGGUGUCGCCAUCCAUGAGAUGCCCGACUUGGAGCCCGGUCAAGAGCCCUACUACACGAGGACACCGAUUGUUGGUCUGACUGAUGAUGAGGAGCAGCAACUCGUCCUGUAUGAGAGAUUGUACCGCCAGAUCGGGGUAUUGACGAGCCUGACCCAUUUGGCGUUGCGAGUGGUGUUGUUGGACAGGGACCAUCCUAUGGGUGUCCAUUACCAUGACAGAAACAGGUCGUUCCCGGCGAUGUUGAGUCUCAAAGACGAGCAGACGGGCCGACCGGGGUAUCUGGACUUGUUCCAGGGGUUGACACAACUGGAAGAGCUCAGGGGAUCGAUGAAUACGAGCGAUAAGGAGACGGCGGUGACGACGGGUUGGGGGGAAGCGCAAUGGAUGUCUCGACAUUGGCCCGCGUUGAAGGUUGCGGCGUUUGGUGGUAGUUAUGACAGGCUGUCUGAGCCGUUCCAGUGGCUUUAUAGGGAGCUUGGUUUGAAGGUGGACACGACGCCCCUUUUUCGGUGGUGA